AACAGAAAAAAGCCAAAAAUGAUAUAAUUUUACCAUAUAUCAAAGUGCAAGAUCAAUAUGAAGAAAAAAAAAAAGAUUCUAGUGGCGGGAUUAUUUUUUAUGAACCUGAUGCUAAUGAUGAUUUUGACGAAGAAGACCCAGAUGAUGACUUAUCUAUAUGA